AUGGACGCGGAACUACCUGCGCGGGACGCUGAGGCGGAAGGGGGGGAGACGGGGGAGACAGGGGAGGCGGAGGCGUUACUAGCAAGGCGCAGGGGGGGGGAAGAAGCAGCAGGCGCGGCGGAGCUCCGCGGGCCGCCUCCAGGCGGUGCUGCUAGUCCCGCGGACGAAACAACUGCCGCCCUGUGCUCUGCUGUGGUUGGGAGUGAGGGAAGUGUGGAGCAGGGAAAGCUAGGGGAGAGGGUGGUGAAGGAGGGGAGCGGGGUGGGUGAAUGGGAUGAUGGCGGUGGCAGGACGAGGGACGGUGGAGGGAACGCAGUGGAGGAAGGGGGGCGGGAGGAGAAAGAGGAGGAGGACGAGAGCACGCAGCAAUGCCGGAUAUGCCUGGAGGCUGAUGGUCGCCGCCUCAUAGCACCCUGCCAGUGCCGUGGGACUCAGCGCUUCGUGCACCGCACCUGCCUUGACGCUUGGAGGGCUGCCAAGGGUUCAGCAUUCUCACGCUGCUCCGAGUGCCGUGCGCCUUUCUCCCUGCGCCCACACCUGCCCCGCGACCGCUCCUGGCACCGACUGCGGUUUAGAGCGGUGCUGCUGAGGGACCAUGCAGCACUCGUCACCCUCGUGCUCCUGCUGGUGGGGGCACUGGGAGUGUUCACAUACCGGGUGUUUGGGCGCCAGCUCAGGGACGCACUGGGCUUCCAGGACCGCCCCCACGAGUUCUUCUCCUUUGCUGCGUCCCUACUGGCACUGCUAGGCAUCGUGUACAGUGCACUCAUGGCUGUGCUCUGCAGCGACUGCAUCACAGAGAGGCAUGCGCACGUACUGCACAGAGGCCAGCUUACUAAG